AUGAGGACAAGAAUCGGAAUUUACUUGGGACUCUAUUGCGAGUCGCAUGCCAUUACAGCAGCUACGGCGCGCAACUCCUUGAGUCAGCGUGUCUUCUUCAUGGUUGCGAUGAAUCAAAUCAUCAAAUGGAAAAACACCAUGUUCACCAGGACAACAGCACCGGUGCACAUCGCCGUCAUAGGCGGCACGGGAAUCUCUUCUCUUCCUGGCUUUGAGCUUGCCGCCACUCUCGACAUCGACACCCCGUGGGGCAAGCCCUCCUCCCCCAUUGCCAUUCUGCAGCAUCCCUCCCCCACCACGGGCAAGCCUAUCCCCAUUGCCUUCCUCUCACGCCAUGGCCUGCAUCAUGAAUACGCGCCUCACGAGGUCAAGAAUCGGGCCAACAUUGCCGCACUGCGCCACAUCGGCGUGCGCACCAUCAUCGCCUUUUCUGCCGUGGGCUCGCUGCAGGAAGAGGUUCGGCCGCGCGACUUCAUAGUGCCAGAUCAGAUCAUCGACCGCACAAAGGGCAUCCGUCCAUUUACAUUCUUCGAAGGCGGCAUGGUCGGUCACGUAGGCUUCGGCGACCCCUUUGACAAGAAGCUCGCCGAAAUCGUACGACGCUGCGGGCACGCGCUCGAAGGCGAGGGCGUAACACUACACGACAAAGGCACAAUCAUCUGCAUGGAGGGCCCACAGUUUAGCACCCGCGCCGAGUCAAACCUCUACCGUACAUGGGGCGGCAGCGUCGUCAACAUGUCUGCAUUACCAGAGGCCAAACUCGCGCGCGAAGCAGAGAUUGCCUAUCAGAUGAUCUGCAUGGCCACUGACUAUGACUGCUGGAGAGGCGACGGCGAGGAGGAUGUCAACGUAGCCAUGGUCAUGGCGCAUAUGAAGGCCAAUGCGGAGAAUGCGAGGCGCUUUGUUGGUGCGGUGCUCAAUGAGUUGAGCAAGGAGGAACACGGCGAGCAAGUGCUUGCAAAGCAUUUGGAUGGCCAAAUGAAGGGCGCGGGAGCCAUGACGAAGAAGGAGGGCAGAGGUAAGGAGGCGGAGAAGAAGCUGCAGUGGCUGUUCCCUGGCUAUCUCGACUAG